UGUGAGUGUGGUGUGUCGUGGACCGGGGAAGCUUCCCGGAGCGAUGUCUACCAUACCGACAGACUCGGAGCUGGAGGUUGCAGUGAGAGAGAUUCUCCGCGUCGCGAACGUUGAACAGACGUCGCUCAAAAUCAUCCGGAAGAAGCUUGAAACCCGUUUUUCGGUGGAUCUUUCCGAGAAAAAGGCCUUCUUGAAGGAGACGGUGACGGCAAUAAUGUCAGAGGGUGACGAGGAGGAGGAGGAGGAGCAGAGGAAGAGGAGGAAGAGGAGGAGGAGGAGGAGGAGGAGGAAGAAGAGGAGCCAGCGAGCAAGGCUAAGGCCAAGCGCAAGUCCGCCGGCUUCCAGCUCUCCCCUGCCCUGUACGAGUUCAUGGGCAGCAAGGACACGUGCAUGGCCCGCGGUGACCAAGGCGGUGUGGGCGUACAUUCGUGCGGAGUCCCUCCAGGACCCCAAGGACGGUCGAAAGAUCCGAAACGACGAAAAGAUGUUCCGCGUGUUCAAGUGCAAGACCAUGAACAUGAUGCACAUCGCCAAGAAGCUGUCGCCGCACCUCAAGAAGGUCUCGGACCUCGUGGAGAGCGGCGCCCCCAACGAGGAGGUCGACACCGAAGCGAGCAGCAGCGGCGAUGAAGAAGCUCGACGAACGGCCGGAUCGAAGAAGAGGGGCGCAUCAGGGGCGAAGUCGAAACCCACGGCUAACGUACGAAAGAAACCGAAGGCUGGGGCAACUCCAAAGGGUCGACCAAAGGCGGGCGCGGGGGGGGGUUCCGCGAAGGGAAAGAAGGGGGGGGGCGGCAAGGGGGAGAGCGAAGUGGCGGCGAAGAAGACGCGGAAACCUUCCACGGUAUUGUGGCGGGUGAGCGACGAGCUCGCGGCCGUGGUGGGGUCGAAGGACGCGACGGUGGACACGAUCAGAAGUGGCGUACACCAGUACAUCAAGGAGCACAACCUACAGGACCCCACGAAGAGGACGAUGGUGAUCUGCGACCCCACGCUGGAGAGAGUAAUGGGCCAGAAGGUCGUCAAGAUGUUCGGCAUGCAGACCCUCAUCGCCCCGCACAGGCUCCACAAGCUCUAACCAGAGACAGACCCCGUUUACUCCUUCAACCCGAAACCGUCGUCUCCCGCGCCCCCAAAGAGCGGCUGCCUCUGUAAAUUAAUCGGGCGCAGGUAGUAGCCUUUGUGUUGAAUUUUUUCGAGUCGUGAUGCCAUGCAUCAUCCGAGGUAUACAUAUGUGUUCCGCGACGUUUGACUCCAUAUUACUUUUUUUCUUCCGGCGACCCUGCGGUUAUGAGUGGAGGGGGCACAGCAGAAACAGGUAUCGGUACAGCGCAUGGAACUAGGGCGAGGCAGCUGCCGGAUUUUGCUGAAGUGGUGGGGGGGGUGAGA